AUGAACUCGCUGAAUAUCCUGUCGUCCCGAGUUAUUGGCCAGUCCUCCAAUUCCAGCCGCAGCCGUCAGCGGUCUCGCUCCCAGGGUGACCUGUCCCCACCGAGUUCGCCGGGCGACCUCGCGAAAUUCAGGUCCUACAGUAGCAACGACUUCCAUUCAACCACUGUCCCUGAGAAGUUCGGUGACAAUGCGCUCGAGUCAACGGAAGAAGACGAUCGAUUUGGACAUACGCUGGAUGAGAAGUCGCCGUUGAUACGGGGCAUUCAGAAGGAUGGUGUCUUUGCUACCAAAAGUACUGCUCUAGGCCUGGUUGCACAGCGGUUUUUUGAUGCGAUCACCGAAACAAUCAAGUUCAUCCUAUCUACAUUGGCCGCUCCGGGGAUAUACGCAGUUCAGUGCUUUCGGGAUGAUAAUGGCCAAUACACUCCCAUGGCGCCGGUUCAGAAGCUACGUCAGUCGGUAUUUGGGUCUAGGCCGACAAGUAGAAGGAGAAGCACGGCCAAAGAAGCCCGGCCUGCGAACGGCAAACGGCGGGCUAGUUUGACACGGAAGCUUCGAGGCCACGUAUCCCGGGAUUCCGUCGCCUCAAGCACUUCCGAAUCUGAAGGAGAUCGUCGAGCUGUCAAGGCAGGUGGCAAUCGGUCGUCCAAAGCAAAGUCUACAGGAUUGGAGCAGCUGUCAGACGACAACACUCCUCGUCGCUCGAUUCGGAUCAAACUUCACAACGAGGAAGCUCUACAACGGCAACGGCACCGUCGGGCGCAGAGUGCCGAUUUAGGAUCAUCCUCUUCGCAUAGCAGUCCCCAAGGAACUCUCAACUUCGAUAGUCUGAAAUCCCCGACUUCUCCUUCGGUCCAUAGGGUGACAAGGUAUCCCCACUCGCCCGUGCCUCCACGACCGCUCAUCCCACCUCGGGCUCCAUCGUACACAGCCACGUCGCGUGGGUUCCGGGUCCCUCAGAAGACGCUGGUGCUCGAUCUGGACGAGACACUUAUCCAUUCGCUGGCCAAGGGCGGCCGCAUGUCCAGCGGCCAUAUGGUUGAGGUCAAGCUAGCUACGCCGAUGAUGACGGCUCUCACGCCGGGAGCGCCGCCCACAACGCUGGGACCACAGCAUCCCAUCCUGUACUACGUUCACAAGCGGCCACACUGUGAUGAGUUCCUGCGGAAGAUCUGCAAAUGGUACAAGCUGGUCAUUUUCACGGCCAGUGUGCAAGAGUACGCCGACCCCGUGAUCGACUGGCUGGAACAGGAGCGGAAAUUCUUCCACGCUCGGUAUUACCGCCAGCACUGUACUUUCCGUAAUGGCGCCUAUAUCAAGGACCUCAGUUCCGUGGAGCCUGAUUUGAGCAAAGUGAUGAUCUUGGAUAAUAGCCCUAUGAGCUAUAUAUUUCACGAAGGUACGUCUUGGUCGCCCCAGCUCCGUUUUGUUUCCCACCCUGCGCGACCCGCCGAUUCGGAUGUUGAUGAUUCUUUAGAUAAUGCCAUUCCCAUCGAGGGCUGGAUAAACGACCCGACGGAUAACGGUCUCCUCCAUCUAAUUCCUAUGCUAGAAGCUUUGCAGUAUGUAACCGAUGUCCGGGCACCCCUAGCAUUACGUAGGGGAGAAUUAGACGCUUAG